UAUCAUUACAGGAUAUCAACAUGAAAAAAGCAUUCAAGAGUUCAACAAUUCAAGAUCAGCAGGUAGUUUCCAAGAAUAGCAUUCCGAACCCGGUGGCUGAUAUUUAUAAUCAGAGUGACAAACCACCACCACUGAAUAUUCUUUCACCUUAUAGGGAUGAUAAGAAAGAUGGAUUGAAGUUCUAUACUGAUCCUUCCUAUUUUUUUGAUCUUUGGAAAGAAAAAAUGUUACAAGAUACUGAAGAUAAGCGAAAAGAAAAGAGGAGACAAAAGGAGCAAAAGCGUAUAGAUGGCACCACCCGUGAGGUGAAAAAGGUUAGAAAAGCCAGGAACAGACGCCAGGAGUGGAAUAUGAUGGCAUAUGACAAAGAGCUUAGACCUGACAACAGGUUGUCUCAAAGUGUGUACCAUGGAGCAUCUUCCGAGGGAUCACUGUCCCCAGAUACUAGGUCCCAUGCAUCUGAUGUUACAGAUUAUUCUUAUCCUGCUACUCCGAAUCAUUCCCUCCAUCAGCAGAUAGCAAUGCCUUCAUAUGGAACAGGAGAUGGUCCACAGUACAUGGCAGCAUCCCAAAGCCAUGAGCAUGAAUAUAGACCACCUUCCACCACUGUACGACAUGCUACUUUAAACAGACCUCAGCAACCACCUCCACCUCCACCCCAGCCUUCAGAUGGCCAACAUAGCUCAGUACCUGUGGUACCAGCAGAAUAUGGGAUGCUUCCAGCUCAGAUGGUGGAUUAUUACAAUCCUACAGGUCCUCCCCCUCCUCCUCCUCCCCCUAUGAUUCCUUCAGCACAAACUGCAUUUGUUAGUCCCCUUCAGCUUCCUGUGCCACCUUCCCACUCUGGACUGGCGACUGGCUCUACGUAUGCGGCUACUCAUCCUCCUCCUUCUAGUGGGCUUGUUGUCACUGCUCCUCCUCCUCCUGGCCCACCUCCUCCCCCUCCAGGCCCUCCUGCUACAGGUUCAUCCCUCUCUUCAUCCCCAAUGCAUGUUGCUCCAGCUACGGAGGCGAAGCGGCAUGAGCCUGCACAGCCGCCCAUAAGUGAUGCACGGAGUGAUCUUCUUGCUGCCAUUCGAAUGGGAAUUCAGCUGAAAAAGGUGCAGGAGCAACGCGAACAAGAAGCAAAGCGAGAGCCUGUUGGAAAUGAUGUGGCAACCAUCCUUUCAAGACGCAUUGCCGUGGAAUACAGUGAUUCCGAUGAUGAUUCAGAGUUUGACGAGAACGAUUGGUCAGAUUGAACCUGAUCCAGGCCCAGUGACAAGUUCAUGAAAUACUUGGCUUCAGUGAUUUGCUUUCUUAGCAACGUGUAAAGCAGGACAUUGACAUGUAUUAAGGCGAGAGAUCGAAGUGCUGAAAUUCAAUUGGUAUUAUUCAGAAUGCUGCAGCUUAGUAACUCUGGUAGUAAUGAUGUGAUUAUGCUUAUGCAGAUCAGACACUUGUCUUACUUUCAGUAUUUACCGCAUAAUACUUAAGUGCCACUAAAUGUAGCAAAUCAUGCGCUGUGUGCAAAAUAUGCUGCAGUUGUUGCACUGUUACAGAACCAGCAUUUUAUUUUACCUCCCUGAUCCGAAGGGAUUAAAAUAUAUUUUUUGA